AUGAGCAGGUGCUUGCGCUCCGGCAACCUGCCAUUCGGUCGCAGGCCGGCUGCUUCGCGCCUCCCUUUCCUCCCGUAUCGAUCUUCAUCUCCUUUUUCCCGGCCGACUUGGACUCAAUUCACCCGGAAAACUCGCAAUGAUCAAAGAGAGAUUAACUUCCCAGAUGAAGUUCUUUUUCUACGCCGAUACAAUUUAAUCAAACACCCCCGCCUUAGACAUGACCAGAAGAGGCAUAUUGAGGAGUGGAUGCCGGUGCUGAGGGAUUGUAUCCCACCGAAAAAUGUUAAACAACCAGACGUUGCCCAAUCUGCAGGCCAGCCUAGGCUUCGACCGCUCCGCGAAUCUGAACAGCAGCUUGAUCGGACCCACGCUCUGCUGGGAUGUCUAUGGGAUGGAAGGGUUCAUUUUGAAUUUCAACUUCUCGCGCAUCUCGGAUUUGCGCACCAUGAGUGGUCUAAUGUGCAGGCUCUUUUAAACGGCAUGAUCGACACCUAUGAGUUGCUAGCUGCUCAUAUGCCUCCUAAACACCCUUCGGCCGGGCUCGAUUGGAACAAGCCAUAUCGCGUGCGCCGCAUAGAUGAGUCGACAUCCGACCCUGUGUCUCCCCUCACCACAGAGAUCUCCCUCAGCAAGCUCACGGGAGGCACAAAAGCAACAUCACCUUGGAAAUGGUCUCGUCUACAACCUCUUUCAUCAGAUAACAUCUCGCUUGAUACCCUGACAGUGGAGCCUGCGCCUAGGUUUUUUGGAGAGAGGAUUUUGGCUGAAGUACUCGCAAACCUCGGUUCUCUGGUUUUGUAUGCUGCACGCAGUCGGUCAGCUGAUUCAAAGCAUGCAAUGACCUGUGUAUUCCGAACUCUUGCCCGUUUACACCAUGCAGGCAUGAUCUCUGAUAGAGUUUAUCAAUACCCGAAACCAGAUGCUAGCCAGAUUGUGUUCCGCCCGCCAGGGCUCCAUUUCCUGUCCAAUUCCAUCAUGAGCGUUUUGUCUGACGCGGCGUGGCAUGAGCAUGAAGCAGCAGUGGCUGCUGCGGCUGCUGAUGCAGGAGAAUCGUCGCCUUUCAUUCCUUAUACGCCGCGAAUUCGAGAGCUGGGUCCCGAGAUCUGGUUUGAGCUCAUUUUAUGGUGUUGUGUAGAGCAUGGGUUCUGCAGAACGGGCACACUACUUGUGCAUCAAAUGACCCGGCUUAGCGAAUGGAAGGCUGAAAGUUGGGCGCCUCUAAUAAAGGAACUUGAUACAGUACAACAAACUAAUGUCAGUAUCGAGCAAUCAUGGCGUCGGCCCGGCGAAAACGAGAAACCUCGGACGGUCAAGGGUCAGGAAAAAGCACCAUUCAAUGGACUUGGUUUCCGCACCAUCAGCUCUGAGGUGGUUGCAUCUCUGCGGAGUGGGUUGGCAAACAAGGCCUAUGUCGGAAUGGGAGAUCGUGGAUAUCUUCCUGAGGAUCUCACUAAUUUAUCGGCCCCUCUGACUAAACUUAUUGACCCUCCUGUGCCCAGCCGUGAGGAGCUUCGUCCAACAAGCAGGUUCACCAACUGGCACGUUGUGCGGAUAUUGGCCUCUGGCUGCUUAAAACCGUCUACUGAUCCCGUUGCCUUCGAGGAUCUCCUAAGGUCUCAGAACAAUGUUGUUCCUCCGUGGGAAGGGAACGAGUUGGGCUCAGCACAAGUGUUGGAUGGAAAAACGCGGGCUCAGUUCUAUGAUGAAUCGGCCGCCAUGACCGGUCUGAUCGAGUUCAAUCUCAAUUACUAUGCUCGAGACAAGCAAAGUGGACGCCUUUUCCACGAGUAUGCUUGGCUUCAAAAUAUUGCCGAUGCAAGCAAGGCACAGCACAUCCAAAAGUUCUUUGAACGGAUGAGCCAAGUCAGCGAUGAAGAAGCUUCUUCGUUGUUUGAUUUCAAAUCUUUCGAACCUCAAGAUAUCUCUCAAUCAUCUAUCCCACAAUUGUCAUGUGCCACUUUUGCCAACCUCCUUGAUGUGGCGACUACAACCCACGCGUUUGAUUUUGGUCAACAACUACUUUUGGAUAAUGACAUCGAUGGCCCUGCCAUCCCUCAAAGCGCAUAUGGCAACCAGGCUCUGGCGCCAUCUAUUCUUCGAUUUGCAUCGGCUACUUCUAAUGCCGAGCUUGGCGAACGUGUCAUUGCGUCUCUCGCGAUCCCACUUUCUGUGAACACCAUUAAAUCAUUGAUCAAUUUCAGCAUCGCACGGAAAGAUUGGAAACGUGUGGUGCUGAUGCUCAACUUCCUCACCGACCACCGAGCUAAAUCCUGGGGUUACAUCAAUAUCGGUGCACUGGCCAGUGCAAUAAUUCGGCUUGAUGCUACCGUUAAACAGAAGACAUCUGCCGGCACCUUGACCGAGGCAGAUACAAACGACCUGAAUCAGGCCAAAGACAUCUUGCUCCGCCUUUUCCGCGGCGAGUGGCAUGCUACUAAUACCCGAGAGAAACUCAAGAACUUCCAGCUUCGCACACUCUCUCGUAUGCACCGCGUGCUCUCCCUCAUCCCAGGUCCUCUACCAGACCUCCUCAAACAAGUGGAAGCACCCAAAGAAAUCACCGGGCACCACAAAGCCACUCUGAUCCCCCCAACCACCUUCCACGAGAUCUUCGCCGCCGUCGUGGAAACGCAAGGCGCCAUCGUCGGCAAACAGUUAUGGGAUAAAGUCUGCGUUGACUGGCUAUCCCCCAAACGCCAACUCCAAUCCCCAGGCGGCGUCGCCCGACUACUAUUCAGCGACGAACGCGCCAAUUCCCACGGCGCCCCAGGAUGGGACGCAGAAUACGUCAACCAAGUCCGAAGCAAAGCCACAAUAGCAGACCUCAACACGGUCCGCAUCCUCGCACGAAGUGCCGUCCGCGAAUACGCGGCAUGCGUGAAAGAAACCACAGAAAACCACAACCACACCCCCAGUCCCAGUAUACCCCAAACCAAAACCGACUCUCACACCUCUUCCUCCUUCAUCUACGACCCCACCAUCCCAUAUACACCCUCCAUCUCCCGCAAGGAAUACCCCUACCAAUUAAAGACGGGCAAAAUGCCACAAACAGAGCUCGAGUCCAUUCUAGACUUCUGUCUCGAGACUUUCCUCAAAUUCGGUCUCCCGGAAGACCAGGUCGAUAUCGAGAUCCCGGGUCACAUGCGUCGCAUGCAGCUCAGGAAGGUCUUUUCUUCACCCACGCGCAGACCGGUCAGGAUGCGGAUCAAGUACAAUAGGUCUGAUCCUUUCAUGAGAUCUCACUGGCCGAAGGAAUUGGCGGAGUCUUUGCCGAAGCCGGAGCAGCCGGGGCCAGAGCCGAAGUGGCCUUACGAUAAUCACAAGAAUUAG